AUGGCAAAGGGAGCCACCAGCAAGAGCAACCAUUGCCUGAAUUUGAGCCUUUUCAUUCUGCUGAGCUAUCUGGGGACCACACUGCCAGAUGGUACAGACUCUCUAAGUUGUGAAUUAACUUUCAACUAUCGUACUCUACAUGGACAGUGCUCAGUGAAUGGAAAGACUCUCCAUGAUUUUGGUGAUAAAACACAUGAGGGAAAUGCUACUAAGAUGUGUGCUGAUUUGACCCAAAACCUGACAGAGAUUUCAGAAGUGAUGAGGGACCUGCAAUCAGGUAAAGAUGCCUUGAAUGUCACCACAAAAGCUCAGUAUAAUCAAGGAGAAUUCAUUGAUGGAUUCUGGGCCAUCAACACUGAAGAACAGCAUAGCAUCUACUUUUAUCCACUUAAUAUGACCUGGAGAGAGAGUCAUUCUGAUAACAGCAGUGCCAUGGAGCAGUGGAAGAACAAGAACCUAGAAAAAGCUAUCAGAAAUGUCCUCAUGGUAGAUUUCAGUAGCUGCCUCAAAAAAUUGUUGCCACGCUUUAGAGAAAUGCCAAAAUCAACAAUAAAGGUGCCGGAUACCAUCCAGUGUACAAAUGCCACUCAGAUUCAUCCUACAGUGAAUAACCCCCAACAUAAUUCUGACACCCAUGGUCUGUGUGUCACCUGGAUCGUGAUUAUAUGCAUAGGAGGAUUAAUGUUAUUCAUGAUAUUCGCUUGGUGUAUGCUGAAGAAAAAAAAAGGUGCUCCCUGCUGCUCCUCUUCCUCCGCAGUCCUCAUUACCAGCUAUAAUCAGGUGACUCUUCAACACAUUCCUGUGGCUUCUCCAGCAGAGGAAACCUUGGAAGAGAAGCUACUGAGCACAUCUCAGAUGAUGGAGGCCUGGCUUGUGAAGUUUCUGAGGGAAGCAAAAACUCUACUAAAUCAUUUGGGCAAAGAAUCUGUGGUAUCUGACCACCUGGAGCCGAAGAAUCAGAAAAGUAGAGCAAACUUUUGCUUUGCUUGGACAGUGAGUGCUGUCCCUGGGGCUGAAGCAUCAGCG